CACCACCCCUGAUGUAAUGCAUGGCAGUACAGGAGAAAACUAGCAGGGAUAGCAGCAGCUGUUGAAAAACUAAGCACGAAUGCUGGAAAUGAGCCCCAUGAUUGCUGACUGUACGUUCAUCACGAUGGGAGGCACCGCGUACGCAACAAGAGACCUCAUCCGUCUGUAUUGGCAGGCAAAAAUUGAUAGCCCAAUGAGGAAGGAGGCUAUAUUUCAAGAAGCUUUCAAGAGAGAAAUAUCUUUUUUGGCUAUGUACAAACCAUUUGUGAAAGGAGAUGAGAGUGCCAAAAUAAAGGAGGCAGACAAAACCUUUGCUAAAAAGCACCCUGAUUACAUGCAGCACAUAUUUACAGACCAGAAAGCACCUUUCAGUCCUACCAUGGAUGAAGAAGCAAAAAGACUGGGAGAAAGCAGUGAGAAAAAGAUCAUGCCAGAAAUGGAUUUUAUAAGAAACACCAGAAUGAGUAUAAGGUUCCUUUCUGGUGUGUAG